AUGAACAACAUACGUUCAGUGGGCAUGUUGCGUUAUCCGUGUUGGCGUAUUCUCCACACGGAGCUUUGGCGUCACAGUUGGAAAUGCAGACGUCGGCUCCGCAACUCGAGGGCGCGUAGGAACAAACACCAGUGUUUGAACAGCAUGCCCCAUUGGUACAAGGUACUCCAGGUGCGCAAGUACCCACUGGAAGGUCUCUUUUACUCAGAGAGCCAGAGCCAGAGUCAAGGUGGUCAAGUCUUAGUCCCGGAUGCUGAGACAAUUGCCGAAUCAGGCCUCAUUCUCGAACUUGGUGGCCGCGUCGCCCAUCGUGGUGCUGAUGACCUUGGGCAAUCCCGCAACUUGCGAGAGCAAGAAGCGCUGGCAGAAGAAUCUGCAUUGAAGCUACUGCCAAAGCUCAAUGCUGAAAUGGUAUCAGUGAGGGACUAG